AUGCAUGGGCAAAAACGGUGUCGAAUAUCCACUACUAAUUGCAACCAACACUUCGCAUACAUACAACAUCUGGCCAAAAAUCCAAAGGGUAUUCUCGAACAAGUCCCUGUAUCAUCUGAAGAUAUUGUGGAGGCUGUCGCCACCUUGACUGGCACGAAACCCCAACUGCCCAAUAUCACAAGUCUGAACAUGACGAACUGGAUGCUAAACAUGAUGGCGAAGUUGGCCCAUUUUUUUAAUUGCUGCUGCUUGGCAUCUCUUAUUUUGGUUUUCCGACGAGGCACCCACGUUGCUCGGCAGGAGACCACAUAUUUCAUUUGCAAUUCCCACCCCAAUCCUAAGCAAAACGGUGGAACAUGGGAGAAAUCGAACGAGCGCUACAAUAUGGACACACAAGAGUGUUCACACAAGUUCAAUCAUGGGGCUGUGAAAUAUGAGGUCGCGAUGUCCCUUCUUGAGCCGCAGUGUGCUUGGAUCAGUGGGCCGCAUAAGGGAGGGAAACACGAUCUUACGAUCUUUCAAGAAGGAGGUCUGAAGCAAAAGCUGAAGCGGUGGAAACAGGCAAUUGUUGAUAGGGGUUAUACAACCAGCAAAGAAGACGAAAAAUACAUCCUUUGUAUCCCAAGAGAAACCGAUUCUGUGACGCUCAAUGAAUACAAGGGAAGAGCUAGACUUUGA